UAUUUUUUGACCAUCAUCAUAUGGUGUUAAUUGUAGAGCACAAGAACAUCCCUCUACAAAUGCGUAAAAGCAUAUAGCGCUUCAAGAGCCGCACUUGGCCCGUGGGAGCGGCGCGCACGGGGCGCAUUUUACGCACGAUGGAGAGUCUGCAGAAAAACGCGAUUUUCUGGCCCUUCAACGACUCGUGGGUGAAUUCCAGCAGGGAAAACGACAGCACGAAAUUGAAUCAAACGACAAACCCUCUGAAGCGUAACGAAGAAGUGGCUAAAGUCGAAGUAACGGUGCUGGUUUUGAUCCUAGUGUGCGCGCUCGCUGGCAACCUGUGCGUGCUUUUGGCUAUCCAGACAAGUAAACACGGUCAGUCGCGGAUGUAUUAUUUCAUGAAACACCUGAGCAUUGCUGAUCUGGUGGUGGCUAUUUUUCAAGUGCUUCCUCAACUUAUUUGGGACAUUACUUUUCGCUUUUAUGGUCCGGACUUUUUGUGCCGCCUGGUGAAGUACUUACAGGUGGUCGGCAUGUUUGCGUCCACGUAUAUGUUGGUGCUGAUGUCCGUGGACAGGUGUUUGGCUAUAUGCCAACCACUUCGGUCCCUGCGCCGUCGAAAGGACCGUUUUUACGUGAUCGCAUCGUGGAUUAUGAGCUUGAUUUUCAGCGCGCCACAGGUGUACAUAUUCUCGAUCCGCGAGGUGGCCGACGGAGUGUACGACUGCUGGGGGGAUUUCGUUCAGCCCUGGGGCGCGAAGGCGUACGUCACGUGGAUAAGUCUCACCAUCUAUGUCAUUCCCGUGGCCAUCCUAAGUGUGUGUUAUGGCCUGAUAAGUUUUAAAAUUUGGCAAAAUUUUAAACUGAAGACCCGGCGGCAACAGUGCCUGUCUCUGACCCCGCGCCCAGGUAAAGGCGCUGCGCUCUCUCGCGUCAGCAGCGUUAAACUGAUUUCCAAGGCCAAGAUCAGGACUGUGAAAAUGCCAUUUGUGAUCGUCUUGGCUUAUAUUGUCUGCUGGACACCGUUUUUCUUCGUUCAGAUGUGGUCUGCUUGGGAUCCAAUGGCUCCAAGAGAAGCCCUGGCGUUUAUCAUCGCCAUGCUUCUGGCCAGCCUCAACAGCUGCUGCAACCCCUGGAUCUACAUGUUUUUCGCAGGUCAUCUCUUUCGGGAUCUAAUGCAGCACUGUAUCGUGACAUCUCAAUGUGGAUGUAAGAGACAAUGGAGAUCCAGGAACCAUUCGGGGACGGGUGUGAUGCGCAGCACCAGCAGCCAGAAGAGUGUGACACAAACCUCUACCACAUGAUACAAUACCUGAACUACAUGUCACCUUAUAGAGGCCAGAACCACAAGAUAAUAUACGCUAAGAAAUCACAUCAUUGUUACAGGUAUUAUAAUGGGCAAACCUAAGCAAUGGAGAAUCUUCUGUCCUCUUGAUCUUAAUUUACUCACUGUACACGAAUGCUUGAGUACAACAACAUGUGACAUUUUUGGUACAUGGGCUCUGCUGCGCAUUUGCAUAGUUAAUAUAUGCUUUGACAUCUACCAGA